GGGAUAUCAAAAUGGUGGCGGACGUAUUCGUGAUAGGUAUUUUGUUUUGUUUUUUAUUUAUGUUUUGAUUUUGGUUCGCGAAAAUUCAAAUUCUUCAUUCAGAGUCCGAAACAAUGUAACGUCGUCACACGUUGGAUUGCCGAAUCCUAAAAUGACCGCUUCACCAGUGGCUGAGGCACAGGACGUAUGUGCAUCGGAUCCAAACUUUGCGGUUAUAUUUGCUUUCUGCGAACGGUUCGGAGACAGUUGUGGUGUUACUAUUCCUACGUUCCAAGAGCUACAAGAAAUGUUAGAGAAAACUACCGAAGUUCCAGAUGCAUUAGUUGAUUUACAUAUAAAGUUAUUGCGUAGAGUCAAAAAAAGUGUACAUGCAGAAAAAUGGGAAAGAGCAGUUUUAAAAUUCUGUCAAGAAUAUUCUAUACCAGAAUUUUGGGAAUUAGAACACUAUGGAUACAAAGGAAUUUCUGUAAAGCUAAAAUUAAGGAUUUUAAAAACUCUUUUUGAAGCGCAAUUUGAUAGUAAUGUCAAAUUUAAGUCUGAAGUUAAUAAAUUAGAGAGCUCUACACUUCAUUCUCAACCACUAGGUUGGGAUAGAUCAGGCGUAGCUUAUUGGGUCCAAUUUGACAGAGCAUGUAAUCUUCGAGUUUACAAAGAAGACAUUGAUGAAGACACUUGGGAAAUCGUGGCAAAAGACCGAAGCACCUUAGUUAAUCUUAUAAAUGAAUUAUCUGGAGAAAAAGACAACACUCUUGACGACAUUGAAGACAGUAAUAGUAUUGGAACUGGUUCAGAUGGUUCAGAUGGAUUAUCUUCAAAUCGGAAUUCAGAGGAGCCAUCUACUAUGUUAACAAACAGUGCUCCUAUUAUUGAAGAUAACAAAAAAGAAUUUAGUAAUACAGAAUCAACUAAUGUUGAAUUAGAAACAAAUGAAUUUGAUCCAAAAGAAAAUCUUCUUGAUAAACCUAAUAUUUAUAAAAGAAAAUUGAAAGAGGAUGACAAUACAUCAAAUAAAAUUAUUAUUCCUAUUGUUGGAGAAGAGAUUGAAGAAUCUGUGAUGAUUGUAAAAGGUGAAGGUUCUGGGCAGGAAUGUGAUACUGGCAAUCCUGAUGAAACAAAUACUCAAAAUGAUACAUCAAAAAUGAAGAUGUAAAAAAACCAAAAUUAUGGAGUAUUGAAGCUAUUUGUAGUUCAUCUAAAGAAGUCAAAGAAGAAAUAGUUUCUGUUCCUAAAACUGGUUUUUUUUUGGCGAUGAUUCUGUACCAUGUUUUAACAAUGUUUCUAAUGGAGAAAAUUCUUGUAUUGAUGACAAAAAAAUUAGAAGUGGUUUCAUCAAACAAAAAUAUCGAAGAAUAGGAAAAAAAAUAAAAACAUUAAUGAAGACCUAAAUAAAAAUAAAAAAACCGAUGAAGAAUCAAAAAAUAAAAAAACUGAUGAAGAAUCAAAUAGAAAUAAAACAUUGGACGAAGUUGAUAAUGCUAUACCACAUAGCAUCAAAUCUUUAAAUUUAAAUGAAUUUUCUUGUAAAAAUGCUUCAAAACAAUCA